AGCAUCCCAAACACAUUGUAUGAGAUGCACAACAGAUUACUCCUGAAAACGAGUGCUGCCAUUGAAAUGUUGUCUUCUUCCUCACUCCAAAAGCUUCAUUGCACUUCAAUUCACCGUCUUUGUUCGACUCCUUCAGAUUCUCACUUAAUUCAAUCAUUCUCAUUUUUCUCACGCUUCGACAAUAACUGUAAUUUCACUGACAAAGGAGUCAAAUACGGUUCCAGAACGACGCCGUUUCGUGCAACUUCAUCUAGAACGAUGUCGUCUGUGGCGUCUGAGCUCAAGGCGGAGGAAGCUAGGUUCAAGAUUGCACUUUGCCAGUUAAUGGUGACGGCUGACAAGGAAAAAAAUAUUGCUCAUGCUCGUGAAGUAAUUAAGGAUGCUGCAGAGAAGGGUGCUCAACUGAUUCUUCUUCCCGAAAUAUGGAAUAGUCCAUAUUCAAAUGAUUGUUUUCCAGUAUAUGCAGAGGAUAUUGACGCGGGUGAUGAUGCAUCUCCGUCAACUGCAAUGUUAGCUGAACUUUCUCGUAGUCUGAAGAUCACAAUAGUUGGUGGAUCCAUCCCUGAACGAAGUGGUGAUAAGGUGUACAAUACUUGUUGUGUAUUUGGCACAGAUGGAAAGCUUAAGGCCAAGCACAGGAAGAUUCAUCUCUUCGAUAUUGAUAUACCUGGACAAAUGACCUUUAAAGAAUCAAAAACUCUUACAGCAGGGGAGACCCCAACCAUUGUGGACACAGAUGUUGGUCGAAUUGGUAUAGGUAUAUGUUAUGAUAUCCGAUUCCAGGAGCUAGCAGCUAUAUAUGCAGCCAGAGGCGCUCACUUGAUUUGUUAUCCUGGGGCUUUUAACAUGACUACUGGUCCCCUCCACUGGGAGUUGUUACAGCGGGCGAGGGCAGCUGAUGGUCAGCUGUAUGUAGCUACUUGUUCACCAGCUAGAGACACUGGUUCAAGUUAUGUGGCUUGGGGGCACUCCACUCUUGUUGGGCCGUAUGGCGAAGUUCUUGCAACCACCAAACACGAUGAGACGACAGUUAUAUCAGAGAUUGAUUAUUCCCUUAUCGAGCAAAGAAGAACAUUCCUUCCAUUUCAGAGCCAACGUCGAGGGGAUCUUUACCAGCUAGUUGAUGUUCAGAGGCUACAUCGAAGUUCGACCAGUUGAAAAGUAUCCUAUUUACUCAGUGAAUAAUCAGUUGGUGAAACUGGAAAUAAGAAGCGUCACAUUCAAAAGACUCAACCAGUGUAUGUUUUACAACAUAUUGUUGAGGUUUUACGUAAUUGUCGUUGAGGUCAAGUUAUUAUCGAUACAUAUGCAGAAAACUAAAUAAGUGUCUUUUAGAUUUAGUGUCAAUUAGGAAGUUCUUACGCUUGUCCAUGGAACUAUUGUAAGAUGGAACUAACUAAACGAGUUCGACCUAUUUUUGAGCCUUAACGAACUUUAAAUAAGCUCCAGCUCGGCUUAUCUAUCAAUUUUUAUUUUUAUUUUUUUUUUUCCUUUUUGUAACAUUAAAGCAUAUAUGAGAAAA